AUGUCGCUCCGAAUUAACAUUCCCCCGGCCACUCGGUUUUGUCUCGUCGGCCUUCUCACCCUCUCUCUACUUUACAACAUUGCCAGAUGGCGACAAAUUGACACCACCGGCGGUACUCCGACCACAUCACCUCUCGUCCCUUACCUGACUCUCGUUCCGUCUUAUUUCUAUUACUACCCUUGGACAAUUGCCACCGCUACAUUUGUCGAACAAAAUAUAUUCACCGUCCUUCUCAACGCCGCCACCAUCUUCUAUGGCGGUAAAUACCUCGAGCGCGCCUGGGGCUCGCGCGAGUUCAGCAAGUUCAUCGCCGUCGUCGCCAUGAUCCCCUGCCUAGCCAUCAUCCCAAUCUACCUUGUAUGGGGAGGAAUUACAGGCUCUUCAAGCAGAAGCCUCACCCAAAUCUGCGGCGGCGUUUCCAUCCAAGCCUCCUUCCUAGUCGCUUUUAAGCAACUCGUCCCCGAACACACCGUCACAGUCUUCAAAGGAAUGAUCAAAAUGCGCGUAAAGCAUUUCCCCGCCCUCUUUCUCCUCCUAAACACCAUCAGCGGCCUCGUCAUCGGCACCGACACCGCCGCAGUCCUAGCCUGGCUCGGCAUCCUCUCCAGCUGGACCUACCUCCGCUUCUAUAAGCGCCAGCCCGACCUAACAGGCACAACGAGCGCCGGCACAGGCAUCAAAGGCGAUGCCAGCGAGACCUUCGCCUUCGCCUGCCUCUUCCCCGACGUGAUGCAACCGCCCAUCGCAUUCAUCGCAGACCAGGUCUACGCCCUGCUAGUCACAUUCAAGAUCCUGAAGCCGUUCUCCGCGGACGAUAUCGCCUCCGGCAACGAGCAGGUUCUGGCUAGAGGCGAGGCCGGGUUGCCGACGCUGUUGAACAGUCGUGGGGCCGGGGCAAGGGGUGCAGCCAAGCGCGAGGAAGCGGAGCGGAGACGUGCCGUUGCGCUCAAGGCUUUGGAUCGGAGGUUGCAGGCUGCUACGGUUGGCCGCGUGCAGGCGGGUUUGGGUGAGCCGAGUUCGUCGCAGCCCCGUCCUGCUACCCCGACGCCGGCGACCGCUGCUGGUCAGAGCAUGCUAGGCGAAACUAGUUAUAACCCUGACCAUGCAUGA